CGCGAUAGCGCGAUAUAUAACACAGCAGGACUGAUUAAUUCAAGACUUGAUCUCCAUUUCCCUCUCUAUUCACUUCGAUUCGUUUUCUCUUCUCUGCGAUUUGUUUUCCAAUCUUAAGCUAUUCAGAUUUCUCUUCAUCCUUUCCUCUAAUCUUUUCUUUCUUGUUUUUCUUCACUUUUCAUCUCUGUUCGUGAAUUCUAUAUUCGAGUUUCGCCAUUCCCAUCGGGUUCAGGAACCCUAAUCCCUAGUCCCCCCCUCUCAAACAGUUUCAGAGACCCAAACUCGAGCCCUAACCCUAAUAGAUUUCGAAACCUCGCCCUUCUAAUCCGAGGAUCGUGGAACGAGUCUUCGGGGGAAGCAUAACUAUUUUGGAUUUGAAAUUUUGUGCAACAGAGGACGGGAACCUUCAGCCACUGUGAAACAGGAGAAGAGGUUCAGUUUUGUUGGCGGUCUCGUAUUACUGGUUUUGGGGAUUGCAGAAAUAAGACGUAGUUGAGCCCUAACAUCAGAGGGUUUCUUAUGACUGGUAGUAGAGAGGAUUCCCUCUGAGUACAAGAAAGGAAACGGGCUGGCGCUACUUAGUACAAGAAAAAUCGUGAGUUCCUGUUGCAGUGUGUUUGGGAUUCUGAUUGCUUUUGUUAUUUGUGAGGUGUUAUUUGGCACAAGGGGAAAGCUGAGAAUUACAAGCUGUUCGUCAUCUAAUUUAUUCAUCAGUUUCUUUGGAGGAAUUAUUGUAGUUUUGAACUUUUCUAGAUUCAAUAACCCUUAAUGGCGGAUAAUAGGAAUGGAAAUGUCAAGGCUCCAGAUGGUAAAACUUCUGGACAAUCCAAUACGUAUACCAUUAAUCUAGAGAACUUUAACAAGCGGUUGAAAAGUUUUUACUCACACUGGGAUCAACACAAGAAUGAUCUAUGGGGUUCUUCUGAUGCUAUUGCAAUAGCCACUCCUCCGGCUUCUGAGGACCUUCGGUACCUGAAAUCCUCGGCUCUGAAUAUUUGGUUGCUUGGUUAUGAAUUUCCAGAAACAAUCAUGGUUUUCACGAACAAGCAGAUCCAUUUCUUGUGUAGUCAGAAGAAGGCCUCUCUGCUGGAAACCCUGAAAAAAUCAGCCAAAGAGUCGGUUGGUGCUGAGGUUGUGAUUCAUGUAAAGGCAAGGGGUGAUGAUGGAUCUGCAUUGAUGGAUGGGAUAUUGCGGGCUGUACAUGUUCACUCAAAAUCUGAUGGUCAUGAAUCUCCUGUUAUUGGGUACAUAGUGAAAGAAGCUCCUGAAGGGAAUCUUUUGGAGAUCUGGGCUGAAAAGCUAAGAAAUUCUGGGUUCCAACUUGGCGAUGUAACAAAUGGGUUCUCUGACCUGUUUGCUGUUAAAGACAGUACUGAGCUUAUGAAUGUCAAAAAGGCAGCAUUCUUGACUUCAUCUGUGAUGAAACAUUUCGUUGUACCAAAACUUGAGAAGAUAAUUGAUGAGGAGAAGAAGGUCUCUCAUUCUUCAUUGAUGGAUGACACAGAGAAAGCCAUACUUGAGCCUGCAAAGGUUAAAGUAAAGCUCAAGGCAGAGAAUGUUGAUAUCUGCUACCCUCCCAUAUUUCAGAGUGGGGGAGACUUUGAUCUCAGGCCGAGUGCUUCAAGCAAUGAUGAGAAUCUGUAUUAUGACUCCACAAGUGUGAUCAUAUGUGCAAUUGGGUCCCGCUAUAAUAGUUACUGCUCUAAUGUUGCAAGGACAUUUUUGAUUGAUGCCAAUGCUAUUCAGAGUAAAGCUUAUGAAGUUCUCCUCAAGGCCCAUGAGUCAGCCAUCAAUGCAUUGAAGCUCGGGAAUAAAGUCAGUGCUGCUUACCAAGCUGCCUUGUCUAUAGUUGAGAAGGAUGCUCCUGAAUUGGCUGCAAACCUGACCAAGUCUGCUGGAACUGGGAUUGGCCUUGAGUUUCGUGAAUCAGGGUUGAGCCUGAAUGCUAAAAAUGAUCGUGUGUUAAAGUCUGGGAUGGUUUUUAAUGUGUCACUUGGGUUUCAGAACUUGCAAGCUCAGACCAACAAGUCAAAGACCGAGAAGUUCUCUCUGUUGCUUGCAGAUACAGUUAUUGUUGGUGAAAAGCUCCCAGAAGUUGUGACUUCAAUCAGCUCUAAAGCAGUCAAGGAUGUGGCCUACUCUUUCAAUGAGGAUGAGGAGGAGGAAGAACAGCCAAAUGUGAAGGCUGAGUCUAAUGGCACAGAGGCAUUCUUGUCAAAAGCGACACUUCGGUCAGACAACCAUGAGAUGACAAAGGAAGAACUACGGAGGCAGCACCAGGCAGAACUUGCCCGCCAAAAGAAUGAAGAAACUGCCAGGAGGCUGGCUGGGGGUGGGUCUGGUACAGGGGAUGGUCGUCGGACUGUGAGGGCAUCGGGUGAGUUGAUUGCUUAUAAGAACGUGAAUGAUAUUCCCCAAACAAGAGAAUUGGUUAUUCAGAUUGACCAGAAGAAUGAGGCCAUCAUCUUGCCAAUCUAUGGAAGUAUGGUCCCUUUCCAUGUAGGCAACGUGAAGACUGUUGUUAGUCAACAGGAUAAUAAUCGGACUGGCUAUAUCCGAAUAAUCUUCAAUGUACCAGGGACCCCCUUCAAUCCUCACGAUUCAAACUCCCUGAAGUUUCAAGGGUCUAUAUAUCUGAAGGAGGUCUCAUUCCGCUCCAAGGACCCAAGGCACAUAAGUGAAGUGGUACAACAGAUCAAGACCCUCAGGCGACAGGUUGCAUCAAGGGAGUCGGAGCGAGCUGAAAGGGCUACAUUGGUUACUCAGGAGAAGUUGCAGCUUGCAGGUAACAAAUUCAAGCCAAUAAGGUUGUCUGACCUGUGGAUCCGUCCUGUCUUUGGUGGUAGGGGAAGGAAGAUCCCUGGUACUCUGGAAGCCCACGUAAAUGGGUUCCGGUUUUCUACUUCAAGGCCAGAUGAGCGUGUAGAUGUCAUGUUUGGUAAUAUCAAGCAUGCAUUUUUUCAGCCUGCAGAGAAGGAGAUGAUUACCCUCCUGCACUUCCACCUUCACAAUCACAUCAUGGUAGGAAACAAGAAAACUAAAGAUGUCCAAUUCUAUGUUGAGGUCAUGGAUGUGGUCCAGACCCUAGGCGGUGGAAAGCGAUCUGCCUAUGACCCAGAUGAGAUUGAGGAGGAGCAGAGGGAAAGGGAGCGCAAAAAUAAAAUAAAUAUGGACUUCCAAAACUUUGUUAACAAGGUGAAUGACCUCUGGGGACAGCCCCAGUUCCGUGAUCUUGACCUUGAGUUUGAUCAGCCAUUGAGGGAGCUAGGCUUCCAUGGUGUUCCCCACAAGGCCUCUGCUUUCAUUGUCCCCACUUCUAGCUGUCUGGUUGAGUUGAUAGAGACACCCUUCUUGGUGGUAACCCUUAGUGAGAUUGAAAUUGUGAACCUGGAGAGGGUUGGGCUUGGGCAGAAGAGCUUUGACAUGACAAUUGUGUUCAAGGACUUCAAGCGAGAUGUCCUUCGGAUUGAUUCCAUCCCAUCCACAGCUCUUGAUGGCAUCAAGGAAUGGCUUGAUACAACUGACCUUAAGUACUAUGAGAGCAGGCUGAAUCUUAACUGGCGGCAAAUAUUAAAGACAAUUACAGAUGAUCCAGAGAAGUUCAUAGAGGAUGGGGGAUGGGAAUUCCUGAACAUGGAGGUAAGUGACUCAGACUCAGAGAACUCAGAGGAGUCAGAUCAGGGAUAUGAGCCAUCAGAUGUGCAGUCUGAUUCUGAGUCAUCAUCUAAAGAUGACAGUGAGUCACUUGUUGAAUCAGAGGAUGAGGAGGAUGAUUCUGAGGAUGAUUCAGAGGAAGAGGAGGGAAAAACAUGGGAAGAAUUGGAAAGGGAAGCUAGCAAUGCUGACAGGGAGAAAGGUGAUGAGUCAGAUAGUGAGGAGGAGAGGAAGAGAAGGAAGAUGAAGGCCUUUGGGAAAGGUCGGGUCCCUGACAAAAGAGACCCUAGAGGUGGUCCUCCUAAGCGGGCAAAGUUAAGGUGAAGGAUGAUAGAAAUUUUGUCUUGUGUACCAUGUGGUAGCUAUGCCAGCAGCAUCUGGAGCAGCAGUAAUAGUACUAGAUAUUAUCUUGCCUUUUCUUGUUUAUUUUGGGGUUUCAGAUGAAAUUGGUAGAUGCACUUCUUAGCUUUUGUAUAUCAGGGAAUAAUUCCUUUUGUUAGAAGCAGAUGAACCUUUUUUUUUCCCUUCAAUGGAUUUAUUUGGUCUUUUUAUGCCCUAGUUAUUAUAGCUCUCUCUUUUUA